GGCGCUGGUGUGAUGAAAACAGUACGCUAGUGAACUCGCUAUCCCCUUGCUGCAAGGAGCGAAGUCGCUUGGAAUGCAUAUGGCAUAUCAGUGUGGACUUAACAUUUGGAAUAUACUUUGAAGAGACAUCUCUUUUCAAGAGUGGAAGUGUUGAACAGAUGGAAAUGUUACCUGGGCCCGCGGCCAGCGGCGGACUCAUGCUCAAGUGUUGACUACAUCCCGAUAAACAUGCACUGCAGUGGCCAAGUGUCCCUCCAAUCGUCUACGUUUGACAGCGAGAGCGAUGUGGGCGAUGGAGGCAUGCGCACCUUCAACCACCGGCACAUGAGGAAAGCCUUCCGCCUCAUGAACGACCUCCGCAGCCGGAGUCAGCUAUGUGAUGUGCUUCUUGUGGCGGGGGAGGUGGAGGUGCCAGCACACAAAGUUGUGUUGGCAUCCUGCAGUCCCUAUUUCUGUGCCAUGUUUACAGGGGACAUGAGUGAGAGCAAAGCCCAGCGUGUGGAGAUUGGAGAUGUAGAUGGACACGUCCUCAGUUGCCUGGUCGACUAUAUCUACACCGCAGAGGUCCAGGUGUCCGAAGACAAUGUGCAGGUCCUCCUCCCUGCUGCCAGUCUCCUGCAGCUGCUGGAUGUGCGUCAGGUGUGCUGUGAAUUCCUCCAGGCUCAGCUCCACCCCUCCAACUGCCUGGGCAUCCGCGCCUUCGCCGACCUACACACCUGUACCGCCUUGCUAACGCACGCCCACGCCUAUGCAGAGCAACAUUUCUCUGAGGUGGUGCAGGGGGAGGAGUUUAUGACUCUCUCACUGCAGCAGGUCUGUAAUCUCAUAGCCAGCGACAAACUCACUGUCUCUUCAGAGGAAAAGGUGUUUGAGGCAAUGGUGGCCUGGAUCAACCAUGACAAGGAGGCUCGUCUGGAGCACAUGCCUAAACUAAUGGAACACGUCAGGCUACCGUUACUAUCCAGAGAUUACCUGGUCCAGAGGGUGGAGGAGGAGGCCCUCAUUAAGAACAACAACAUGUGUAAGGACUUCCUGAUCGAGGCCAUGAAGUAUCAUCUCCUCCCGGCUGACCAGCGGCACCUCAUCAAGACGGACCGCACGCGGCCACGCACACCCGUCAGCCUGCCUAAGGCGAUGAUUGUAGUGGGUGGGCAGGCCCCUAAAGCCAUCCGUACGGUGGAGUGCUACGACUUCCAAGAGGAGCGCUGGCACCAGGUAGCAGAGCUGCCUUCCCGACGCUGCAGAGCAGGUGUUGUGGUAAUGGCAGGCCGUGUGUAUGCGGUGGGUGGCUUCAACGGCUCUCUGCGCGUGCGGACGGUGGACAUGUACGACGGGGCCCGGGACCAGUGGAGCUCUGUGGCCAGCAUGCAGGAGAGGAGAAGCACGCUAGGAGCUGCAGUACUAGGGGACCUGCUCUAUGCUGUAGGAGGCUUCGAUGGCAGCACAGGCUUGGCAUCAGUGGAGGCGUACAACUGGAGGUCGAAUGACUGGAUGUUUGUGGCAUCCAUGAACACCAGGCGUAGCAGCGUGGGAGUGGGAGUCGUGGACGGUAAGCUGUAUGCAGUUGGAGGCUAUGAUGGUGCGUCUCGUCAGUGCCUGAGCACAGUGGAGGAGUUUGACCCGGUCAGAAACCAGUGGGUCUAUGUAGCUGACAUGGGCACCAGACGCAGUGGAGCAGGUGUGGGUGUGCUGGAGGGGCAGCUGUAUGCCGCAGGGGGUCACGACGGGCCCCUGGUGAGGAAGAGCGUGGAGGUGUUCGACCCCCCCAGCAACACCUGGAGACAGGUGUCUGACAUGAACAUGUGUCGCCGCAACGCAGGUGUAUGUGCCAUCAAUGGGCUACUGUAUGUAGUUGGGGGAGACGAUGGCUCGUGUAACUUGUCCUCAGUGGAGUUCUAUAAUCCUGCUACUGACAAGUGGAGUCUACUGCCCAUAAACAUGAACAAUGGACGCAGCUACGCAGGUGUUUCAGUUAUUGAUAAGCCAUCAUGACAAUCAGCCCCCCAGGCCACCCGUCACACCGCAGACUGCUGUCCAGCCACACCCAUCUCCACCAAUCCAAACACUGCUGGCGGCGACGAAGACGAUGACAACGACCCAGAAUCCACCUGGAGUCAGAGGCACCUGCCAGCGGCAGGUCCGUGACACUCUACUGGUGUACACACACUGGCCUGGCCUUGCCAUCCGUGAAGAUCCAGUCAAUUACUCAACUGCUGAAAACACGCUGCAUGUCAACAGCAAAGGUCAUUCCCCAAUCUCCUUACCCAUCUUUUCAACAGGAGCCACUCCCGUCUCCUUGAUAAAACCUCUGAAUAAUAACAACUACUAAUGACUACUACUAUCUAUCUCAAACCCAGGAUAGAUAGACUCAGCCAAAUGGAACCAAUGCAACUUCUGUCAAGCAGCAAUCGUAUUCACCUCCUUAUACAACUUUCAAACAGGAGUCACAUUGUGUUGGAAAGUGGAGUUGGUUAUUGUCAGGCAGUGUGAACCGUUUUUGUUGGGGACUACUGUGGAAUAUGGUUAGUUCCACCUCGUCACAGGAACCAUAAUACGAACCAGCCCUACUCCCCAACAUCAACCCAUGUCCAAUCCCCAGAGGGGGGACAAGUGACAGUGGAGGGGGCCCACACUUUUGUCCGUGUGUGCAGGUGACUAACAAGCUGGGACCAGGUCCACUUGAGGAAAAGACAUUCAUCACGUGGCAAGCACGCCACACACACACACACAGACACAGACACACACACACACACACACACACACACACACACACACACACACACACACACACACACACACACAGUCCCAAUUAUUCGCCAAGUGACUUGCAGCAUCACAUCUCCCUGGCCGAUUCUAGACUGGUCCAGCAGCUGUCCCUUUUCCUUUACAUUUUGUCGGUUUCUCUUUCUAUCUUUUCAUCUCUUUGUCUGUUGAUGCCCUCUUCCUUUUGUGUUCGGUUGGUCAGUCAUGCCGGCUCCUCUGCUGAUCUUUCACUGAUGAAACCCUGCUGCAAAAAAACAAAAACACAGUGCCAUACAGAGACAUGUUUGUGUGUAAAGACUUGAAAGGGCACUGGCCAAAUCAACACUAUGCUCGCCCUUCCACUACCCCACGACCCAGUGGUGGCUUUAUGCAGCUUGGGUUGAACUGGCGCUUUUCUUUUUCAACCUGUUGUGAUGUUACCUCAGAGGAGCCCAGAGUGACUGCGCACAUCCAUGAGUGGCUGUCAUUCCAGGAGACCAAGGCCUCGGUAGUCUUCACAAUGAAGCCAGACUAAAACGCCUUUCUUGCAAGACUUUUCUCCUGUGCUGGUCACAGGAGUCCUGAUGGAAAGCAUGACUGAAUCAACCUAGCUUUGUUCAAAACCCUAAAGGAAACUGUAUGACCGUGGUAUUGUGAUGCUGAACUACAAGGGUCUGGGUCCCUUUGCCAAGUUAACUUCCCUGCUGAAGGUCAUGGUUCCACAGUGUGAAUCACUUGUUUCUCCAGUGAAGCUUCAGUCGGCGGGAGUCUGACAUUCAAAGUUCCAGGCCAUUCACAGGGUUUGUAGUCCUCUGGUGCAACUGAGCCACAAGGCUAGAGGCUCCCUUGUGUUCAGCUGAAUGAUGGAGGUUGUUGGUUCUCUACUGAGGCUGAACUACAGUGUUUGUGUCAUAUAUUGGAGCAAGGUGCUCACCUCAGCACAUGUCCACGUUAAGCACAUGUAUUUUUAACAAGCUAUAUCUCAUGAAUAACAAAAAAAGUUUACUUUUUUCGCCUUUUAAAGGUCCAAUUUCACAAGACUUUGUUGGACAGCUUGAACUAUACCGUAGAAUUUAUGGACUUUCACUUUACUAUGAUAAAUCUUGUGGAAAGAAAUGACAGUAUGUCUCGUUCAACUUCUUGUUUUAUAAACGCCUACUCAUCUGUUUAGAAGAAGAUAUGCACACCUUUGCCAUGCCUGGACCCCGGAGUCAAUUUACACACUAAAUAACUACAUAAGUAAUGCACACUGAGUAACUGUCUAACCCAAUUCAGUUUGUAGCUGAUUACAACAGCUUUAUAGUAGCUGCUCCUACAUGCUUCAGUAUUGGUCAUGUUCACCUGAGGUUGCUGCCAGCUAUGAAUGGACUUCUUCCUUGCACAAUUUUAAACACAAAGCUUUAGCUUCUAGUUUUUCUGCUACCGUUACAGAAGUUGAGGAUACGAGACUAACGAUUCAGGGGCCAAACGAUGCAUUUUGCAGUUGAAAAUAGACUGUAACUAACGUCUUGCUUGUAGGGUCAAGAGGUCAAGAGUCUUUUCAGGAUGCAUUAUUAGAUGGGUCACAGGGUAGCUACCAGUGAUGGCUAAUACUUUUGCAUGCCAUGAAUGACACAUUAAGUCUUGUGUGCCUAAAGCAUCAAUACAACUAUGAGGGGAGAGGAAAGUCGUCAUUACAACUUAAUGGAAAAAAGCAAGUUUUAACUAAGUUAAACGAAGGACUAUACAACAGAACUGUGUCUGAAGUGACAGCUGUGUCUUGAGUGAAGCGGCUGUGGUAUAGUGGUGAUGGUCUAUGAAACAUGUACAUGUACUCUACAUGAUGUAGACCACAAAGGAAUUUCGAGGUUGACUAUGCACACUAGCAUCAUGCUAACCCACUAGCAUUAUGUUAACUUUGGUGGCCAAAAUACUGGUGUCAUGUACUGUAAAGGAGACAUUUGACCUGCUAACUUGGGUUGUUCAAUUGUACAGUGUAGUUGAUGCUCAACAAAUGUUUUUACUAUAUAUCUUUACAAAUGUGUUUAAAAAAUAAAGAACUGUAUUGUGCAGCCA